CACACACUUUAGGUGAAACUGAUCUUGGUUGACGUUGAAGGAAAAUCUCUAUAGUGAUAAGCUUCCCUUCAAGGCGUUUAAAAUAUUCAAUCCGCUCUUCGAGACUGAGUAAACAAAACUCUUGAACCGGCAUCCGAAACAACGCUGUAAGUGGAGAAGAUUCAAAAGUAAUUAUGCAAGUUGCAGUGGCAUCUCUACAAUAAACGAUACUCUUAAACCUGAAACAGUCAAAAUUCCUAUUAACAAAUAACAAAAAAAAAGAUACGUUGAAAAUAUUGUGCUUGUUCAGGAUAUUGUACCUCUGUGAACCAUUGUAAUCAAAACAGACCUCCUUAUUAGGAGGAAUACUAACGAUUCGAACCAAGCACAAAUAACUUUUCUGAAACACAAAAAAUCAAAAUACAACAUCACACUAACCCAUACAAAGUCAACGUAGGAUCAGGAAGAAAUCAACCAUAACAAAAUGAAGUCCCACAUGGAAUAAUCCCAAUCAGCAAUAAUUAAAAUAAAAACCUGAAAAUCACCACACUUGGUCUCGUACAACAAAGCCAACUUAUCAAGAGUCAGCCGAGAAGGAAGUGGACCACAAAGGAACCUAAGAGGAUGGUACGGUGAUUCCUCAAUUUUUCUAAUCGACAAAUGUUCGUCGAAAAACCUGCUCCGAAUAUAAAAUUCAUCAUAAAAUAUAGCACUAAUCGACCGUUACAAAUAUUAAAUACACCACCUACUGAUCAUAUAGUAUCCUAUAUCGAUGAGUGUAAUCACCAUAGAUAAUACGACCGCCUGGAGUGCUUGUUAGAACAAGAGAGUCUGAAAUCAAAUUAACAAUAGUAUCAAAGUACAUCAUAUCACAAAUGCGAGCUAACAACAUACAUUAAAACCAAAUGAGUCCUCCAAACAAACAAAAUAAACAGUGAAGUACUCUUUUAUCACAAGAUGCACAAUAAUUCAUCUAAAAAUAAUAUAAAAAAUUAUGUUGCAAAAAAUACAAUAGUAUGUACAAAACAACUAAAAUAACUAAAAACAAAAUACAAUAUAUGCAAUAAAAUAACCAUAUGUCCUAAGACGUACCCAGGUCAUCUGAUUCAGUGGACUUCGCAACCAGAAUGCAAAAAGUCAGCACAAUUGGAGAUAAUAAUUCGCCUAUGCGAGCAAGUUCUCCAAUAUAAUGAUCAUGUGUAUCAACGUACUUAAUGGUUACAACCCUAUUCCUGCACAUCAAUUGGAAUUUUUUUAAAAACAUCAAACGACGGACACAAUCAACCACCGGAAGUUACGAACAAUGACCUUGAAUUCUCGAGACCAAUAUGAAAAGACAUAUAUCUAUUUGAGAUAUUGUGUUUUUCCGACAAAGCAAGAACACGCCCACUGGCAUCUGCAAAAAGACAUGCGUUAGCUUCUAGUUCAAUAAAUUAAAACUUAACAGACGAAAAACACCUGCCAAGUUUUGUGAAUCGUAACACAUUUGCACCAGAUCCUCAAAUUGUGUGUCCCUAAAACCAUCAAGGGGAAAUAAAGCCAACUUCGGCGGAUUGUUAUCAGGAAUUUCGAUAAAAGACUGGGUUCUUGUCAAAUGAAAUCGCAAAUCACACGGAGCAUUUCGCAGUGGAUUUCCGGUAGUCCUGGCCGGGAUCAAGGGCACAAGUUUCAUGUUGUAUAUCCCACCAACCCGAAUAAGGGCACCAACAACACCACUAUCCCCAGGGACGGUAAAACCUUCAAUGGUGUCCUCCUGCAUCCGGAAACUCAUACAAAUCAUCCCAACAACAAGCAACAUGAUCAUGUAAAUAAAGCACAACAGAAACACAACCUCUCUGUCAACCCAAAGCGUAUACACAACAAGAGGACUUGUCAUACAAACACACUCUUUUGCCGUCCACAUAUGAAUAAGUCUAGCAACAAUAUGGAUAUCCACAAUUGAUCCAUCCAGUUGACGAACGACCAACGAAGUCAUGACAGGAUCUACAAAAAUACAACAUCCAUUAUAUUGUGGUUGAACAAAACAGCAACAUGCGCCACAAUCAAAGGUAGUAUAAUAAGAAAUUUACUUUGCAUCGAAGUUGGCAAAAGAUAAUCCAUCGACAUGGCAAUAAACAAUAUACCAGGAUACAAAGUCACAAAUCAACGUACGUUUAAAGAGAAAGGAGAUGUGGUAUGGCAAGAAAGGAUGACAACUAAAAAGGGAGGACAGUGGUGGUAUGAGUUGCCUAGAGAAGCUGAGAAAGAAAAAGGCAGCAGAGGGUUUGUUUGGGUAGAAAAAGGCAAAAGCAUUUGGGGAAAAUAUGACGUAUUAGGGUGGGGUCAUAAAUAGAAUAGUAUAUUUACUGUUGAAGUCAUAAUAUAUUUGAUUGAUAUGGAGAAUAAUUAAAGAGUAUCCAUAAUUAUUAAAUAAAUAAUUAAUAAUUAUGAUUUUGCAUAUUAUAUCUUACGAUUUGGUCGUUAAUUUUUUUUAUAUAUAAUUUAACUUAGCAUUUGAUUUUUAACGAUACGAAAGGGUUGAACCACAUAUAAAUCAUAUUUUCAUCAUAAAAUAUCAAGUCUUGACUUUACUUGUACACCUUUCAAUAUAAUUUUACAAUCUUUGAUUUUUUAUGCUCAUCGCAAUUACAACUUGAUUUCCUAUGUUCAAAAUUCCAUUGAACUUCAUGAGCAAGGAUUACUUGACAGCCAAAUCCUCAACUGCUAAUAUUUGAUUUACAUCUUGCAACGGAUUGAUUUAAUUUAGUGAUCUCCAACUCAAUUGAUUAUUCUUACACCGCUUAUCAUAUCAAUUAGACGUAUCAUAUCUAAAAGCAAAGAAAUUAUAUGGCAAAACUAUCCAGUUGUUUAUAACAACCUUACAAUUCAUAUAGCUAACCCGAGAAAUGCGCGAAGAACCGACCAUAAAGGGAAGUGAACGUCCACUCCAAACCCUUACACGCGUAUAUUAAAAACAUAACACCAUUCACGCAAAAUCGAGGUAUUGAAGUAAAAUAUCGUAAAACGUACAAUUAAACAUACAAAAAACAAAUGUACAAAUACUUCCAUGCAUAAAUUAUCAUUGAGAACUAUUUGCUUUAUAAUAACAACAAUAUUUAAAAAACGUAAAACACACUGUAUAUAAAUAGUAAGUUGGAUUUAUCAUCGUCCAUAAUAAAUGAGUUUCAAGUUUGAAAAUAAAGCCUAUUUUGUCUUAGUAUAAGCAGUACUGCAACCGACAACGUAAUAAUUGAACACCGACGUUAACUUCCCGAAAUAGUCAAAUUUAUUUCCUAUCUCUUCUCGUUCGGCUCUGUCCAUUUCUCUUCACCAUUUAAUGGACCAACAUUUGCCUUCAACUUGAUGUGCACUUGUACCCAAAGAUGAAGUUUGAAAAUUCAAGCAGGAAGAAUAUGUGAUGCACAGUUACACAUUUUAAUGGGUCCUUCUGAUAAAGACCUUUUGAACAUUUUGAUUUGUAGUCAUUAAUUACUCGGUAGUUGUUGCCUUGUCCGUCUACAGAUUAUAGACUGUUCAUCCACUUGCAGCCAUAGAUAUAUAAGUGAAAAAUACUAACAAUCUGGUGGCAUUUGUUUAUUAUAGUAACAAAAAUUAACUACCACAAUUUAGAGUUUAAGUUAUGUCGAUUUCUUCUACAUAGUCGGUUAUGCUUUCUUUUACUAACUAUUAUUUGACGGAUGAUAACUGUCAUUCAUUUCCUGUCUUGAAGUUACUGUAACCAAAUCGGUACAGUGAUCACUUUAUUCUUUUUGGAUUCCGUUCUAAUUGUACAGUUCACGAUAUAAUUUUGAAGAAAAUAAUUGUGUACAUGAUAGACCGUUAAUUACACAUGUUUUUACCCCUGUUCUUACACCGUUUGAGGUGUUGAUUCUCGUGUUUUAGGCCGAUUUCACGCUAGGUUGUGCUUGUUUGUGAUAUUUCAGGUCCUAGUACGUGAAUGGAGGCUUGAGAGCGAGUUUGGGGUCGAUUGUACGAAGAUCGGACGCGUGGCGAGGUGCUAAGGAAGCCGCACGGGCAUUCCUGGACAUCACACGGCCGUGCAACUCACAUUUGUGGCCGUGUGAUUCUCGCCGAGGGCAAACACGGGCAGGAUGGAAAUCCCACACGGCCGUGCGACCCUGGCCGUGUGGGAAGCCUGAAUUUCGACUUAAUGAUACGCCGCGUUUUGACUCACACGGGCAACUGGGUGAGCCACACGGCCGUGUGGCCUGCCCGUGUGAGUCGGGAAAUCUUGGUUUUUCAGCCAAUUUCGAGCCACAAGUGAGAAGAUCGGACUUUUGGAGCAAAAACAGAGCCCUAGAGAGAGAAAGUACGAAGAACACAUCCUAGAAGCUAUCUUGGAGCUGGGUUUCAUCAAAUCAAGCUUGGAGAUUGUCAUAGGAGUGGAAAUCAUCAUCCCAGAGCUUUCCCAUUGUAAUGAGUAUGACUGCUUUGUAUCUUGUUUUCCUCUCUCUCUCUAUGGAGUAGAACCCUUCUCUCACUUGGGUAUGAAGAACCCUAGUUCUAUGUGUUAGGGAUUUUAUUGUAAUGACUUGGAUGAUAUUACUGUUUGAUUUUAAUCGAAUGAUGCAUGAUUAUUGAGUCAAUUGAAGUCUGAUCAACUUUUCCUGAUUUCUGCUGCAAUCUGAGAUAGAUAGAAUCUGAUUAGGUUGCUAGAGUCUCAUCAUUUGGUAGUAGGAGAUUGGCUAUACGAGAGUUAGCCAGUUUACUGCUUUGUAUUGGAAUCCAAUUCCAGUAGUGGAGUUCUCUUCUUACUGCUUCAGAUUUCUAUCCCGGUGAAGACUAGUCGUCUGCCGGGUAGUUAGUCUGAGAGGGCUUGGUCAGCUUAAGAGAUUCCAAGCUACUGUCGGAUUUUCUGCAGUCUAAUCAACAGUAAAUCAACCCAGGGAAAUUACAAUUGAAACCUAACUAAGGAUCUAGGGGGACUCAUUCCCGAGUGACUCUUCUUUGCUUGAGAAAACCGUACCAAUUCCUGCUUUCUUUCUGCUUUUGCUUUUACACAACAAACACUUAACUUAGUUGGCUAGAUAAUAGAGAAUCACUGAGUAAGUAGUAGAUCUAGACCCCGGGUUGAUAGUAUAACUUGUCACUUUAAUGCAUUCCCGGACUGCGAUUAUACUUGGUCGCAGUUUGGUGUUGUGUUUUAGAGCAUCAAGUUUUUGGCGCCGUUGCCGGGGAACCUCUAGGUUAUUGGGGAAACGUGAAAGUCUGUUACUUUAGCUUUUUUCUUUUCUUUUCCACCCUUGCUUUUCACUUGGGUGUUAUGUUUUUGUUGGUGCAGCUCUGAAACAUGGACCCUCAUGGCUUCUCCAACCAUUGGGGGUAUCAACCACCAUCCGUGUGGUAUUACCCCGAGACUUCCUGGAGCAAUCAAGGAGGAGAAGACUAUGGGUUCGGAUGUCAGUACCAACCCCCAUUCUACGGAGAACAACCAAACCCUUGGGAACCUCAAGGACAAUAUCCUUUUCAAGAAGAGUUCCUGCCACAACCAGAGGGGCCAUCUGAGUUGGAGUUAGCCAUGGAGGCCUUCACGGGCCACUUUGCAGAGCCAUGCUACACUUCACUGGAAGAUCCGAACAAACAAUUAAGGCUUCUCGUGGAGCAGUUUGCUGGAGACACUGAGAGAGCAUGCUCCAAGAUUGAUCUUCAAAUCCAAGCCCUUGCCUCUUCCGAUCCCUCAUUUCUCCAUGAUAUGGAGGAGACUGUUCAGCGCUCAGCGAAGCAAACAGAGUGGGUGGAGCAAGUUUGCUCACAUCUUGCUCAAGAUCACCUUUCUGCUACCACGCUAGAAGAGGUGGAGGAUGACAAAGGCUACGGGAGCGUUGAGGAGCAUACAGAAGUUAUCACAGAGAUCUCCCAUGAUAAUCAUGAUCAGGAAAGUCCUUUGGUUGAAGAUCACACCUUUCCUCAUUUAUGCUCUAACAUGCUCGGCCCGUGCGAGGAGAUGCAAGAUGAUCCCAUUGAAGAAAUUGCUUGGCGACUUGCUCUCCAAUCUGUUCUAGAAGAAGAAGAGCGAGCAAGGAUGAGGAAGGAAGUUGUGGAGGAUGAGGAAGAAAGAAAAGAAGAGGUGGUUCUUGAUCUUUUCCCAGGGGAGAGACCACAUUUUGAAGAAGGAAGGGGGGUUGAGGAAGCAAUUGGCGUCCAGGCUGAGGAUGAAGUUGAGGUGGAAGAGGCAUGCACCGGCCAUGAGUUACAUGUGAUAUCUCCACCAAACUUCGAGGAGCUGCUUGGAAAGGACCCAUUUGCAGUGUCUCUUGGCCAGACCAAGGCUACAUCAACAUCGAUCCCUCUUGGUGGAUGCGAUGGUGGUCAAUCGAAUAUAUCUUAUCUGGUUUGGGGCAAUGAGACAAGAGCAGACGCGAAGGAGAGGUCUCGAGAGUGGAGACUUCAUCUUCCUCAAGGCCACGAGCCAUCUGCAUCACCUAUCACAUCCCAUGCUCGUGACUUGAGACUUCACCUCAUUAAUGAGAACCUCAACUUCAAGGAGGUUCUGGGAUGGACCGAAACUUAGGAGCCACCGUCCGGCUCACGACGGUAAAGAAGCGCUUGUGAGGAGGCAACCCCACCAAGGUUUGUUUUUCUUUCUUUCGUUUGUUUUUUUUUUCCGGUUUGUCCACAUGGAACUAUGGUUUCUAUCACCCAGUGUGUCUUGCUGAUGCUUGCCCCGCUGACUGGUCCACUUCCAGUCCCCCGCAGCAUUUCAAUCCGGUAACAUCGUUCCCCUUUUCUAUCCCUCUGCUCCAUUGAGGGCAAUGUCGUGCUUAAGUGUGGGGGGGUGCUUUGUAUUGGUUGGAAUGUAUAUACGUGUGCUUGGAGCCUAGUCCACUGUCCAAAUCUCGAGAUUUGAGGGCUCCAAGUACGGCUGUUUGAUCAUAUUGGCACUGUGUUUUGAUUGGUGAAUUGAAUGGUUUUCGGAUUAAUGCAUGACAACUGGAUAGUGACUAGGACAACCUAUAAUGAUGACUGAGACGUGCAGUAGAGUUGUGUAGAGUUUAGUUUUUCAACUGUUUGCUUACCAGCUGUGACUUGGAUUGAUUACUUGUUCUUGACACCCUUUUUGCAUCUAGUUCAGGGAAUCAGAAUGAGAGAUAGAGCAUAUAGGUAGCUAUGUGAGAUUUGAGCCUGCUCGUUUCUUUCUUGUGCGAUAGUUCCCUCUUCCAUGAUGUGUAGCAUUCACGUUGUCACUAGCUAAGAUGAUGGGGGCAUAGGAUUAGCCCACGACCAAAUUUGACUGUCCUGAUGUGUCAUAUCCCCUAGUCAGCCCCUUUGAGCAGUGUGUUAUCCUUUCUUUUGGUCUAUAAUGUAAAAUCACCCUUUUUGCAUCUUUUAGAAGGUUCCACAGAGUGGUUUUUACAUAUUCUCUGCUGUUUCUGCUAAAUUUGAUGUGAGUGUUGGAGGUAGUGCUUAAAAGUUGGGCAGGUGUUUGAAAUAUGUGCAGAAGUGGUGGCUCUCUUAAGAAAUGAAAAGAAAAUGA